AUGUCAACUCCAAGCUCCCUCAAGCGGUAUCUCAUUGCACUAUCGUCCUCCCAAGAGGAACAGAAUGACAAGAAUGGUCCACUAGUCGAGUGGAUUGGGGUCCACCAACACACUCUGGCCAAGAAUUGUUCUCUCUGGACAUCACCCGACGUUUUUCGUCAGCUCCAAGAUGACGACAAGAAAACCCCAUUGUUAGAAGUGGAGACUCUAUGGGAGGAUGCGGGAUGCAACUCUGUAUCAGAUCUGUUGGUUGCCUCCAAGAUUCUUGCCUCGUCCGAUGACAUUCUCGGUGUGGUUUGGAUUCCUCCUCCGGACGAUACGACAGCACUCCACAAUCUGGUACGAGCCUGUUCGUUUGCCAAUAUACCCUUGGCACUCAACCUAGCAUCGGCCCAACUCUUGCCAAAGGCCUUGUUCCGAAGGAUGGCUAUUUUGAUUUUCAAUCCAGCUGCCGGACAACGUCCCCCACAGCAGGAUAUGCAAGAAAUACAAUCUAUUCUUCAAUCUGCCUUUGACUUGCGAGUCGUCUACACGGAACAGGACAAGGACGUCUCGGAACAAGCCAAAGAAAUCCUAGCAUGGAUACAAGCCAAGUAUGGCAAUACUAAUAGUCAUGACGAUAACAACAACAACAAUCCAACACCCGCUCCCAUCCUUCUAGCCAGUGGAGGCGAUGGCACUGUUUCGGCCAUUGCUGGAGCCACCAUUGACUCGGGUAUUACGGUGGGAAUCAUACCCCGAGGUACAGCCAAUGCCUUUAGCGUCGCAUUGGGCAUUCCCACAGAUGUCCAAGGAGCCUGCCAAACCAUUGUCCACGGUGCCAAGAGGCAAGUGGAUGGAGCGACAGUCUCCUUCAACAACACUACCACCAACGACGACGAGUCCAACACAGAAAUUUCCUGGAUCAACCAUGGUGGUUUGGGCUUUGAGGCAGGCCUGGUAGGGAACACCACACGCGAACUCAAGGAUACCUUUGGCAAUUUUGGAUACACCAUCGGUGCUGUCCAACAGGUACUGAAUCAAAAACCAUUCCAGUGUACCUUUCAGCUAGACGAUGAUCCCGCAUCUCAAAAAUCCAUUCAAACCACAGUGGUAACAAUCAGCAAUGUCGAUGCUCCAUCCAGUAUCUUUGCGCAGGGGUUUGGAAAGGUCAUUCCAGACGAUGGUUUGUUUGAAGUAACCAUUGCCGUCAUUGAGCACGAAUUGGAUGCAAUAGAGGGAAUAGUGGCGUUGGCCAUUAAUACCUGGAUCAAAGACAGCGUGGGAUCCCCCAAGCUGCUCUGUUUGCGCUGUCGCAAAUUCCAAGUCUCGUGCAGUCCCGCGCAAAAGUUGCUCUUGGAUGGAGAAGUCCUGGAAGUGGAUGAACGACCAGUGGUCUUUGAAUGCAAACCCAAGGGUCUGAACGUUGUGGUUCCAAUGUCAGAUACUACUUCAAGUAAUACUAAUGAAAGUGGAUGA